AUGGCUCAACCAUCUCGUAAGCUCAGCGAUUAUUCGCAGCCGUCCCUGGCAGAUUUUUCACACCUUGCCCCCGCACCAAAUCACGAGGGAGUAAAAUUUGAGAUUAAACCCCAGUUUAUUACUAUGAUCGAAAGGAAGCAAUUUAGCGGAGCUAAGGAGAGAACAACUUUGUUAAGGAGUAAGAUCCUAAAUUUUUCCCAAGAAGCAGAUGAAUCUUUAUAUGAAGCUUGGGAACGAUUUAAGGAUUUGCAGAGAGAGUACCCUCAUCAUGGGCUAGCACAAUGGCAGAUAAUCCAAGCCUUCUACAACGGGAUUGGAUAUAAUUCAAGAAUGAUUUUGGACUCUGCAGCUAACGGAAGAUUUAUGAAUUUGGAUGUUAAUAUAGCGAGCAAUGUUGUUGAAGAGAUGAAACUAGACAAUAUUAAUAAUUCUAAUUCAUCUUCCGUUGCUAAUGUUUCUGCUAUUGGUACUAACUCUGCAAUAAAUUGUGAAAAUUGUGGUCUUGCCUAUAAACAAACUAGUCCAUACUCUAACACCUACAAUGCAGGGUUGAGAAAUAACCAAAAUAUGUCGUACAAUAGUAUGAAUGCGCCUAACCCCCCACCGCAAGUACAACAAUCGCAGCAGAGGUACUAUCAACCUCCACAUCAGAGACCACAACAGCCUGUUACUGCUCCUUCUGAUUCUGGCUUAUCAGAAAUCAGAACGAUGUUAGUUGAUAUGCAGAAACAGAUGCAGAGUAGGGAUGCACAAAUUGAUUCGAUUCUAGCUCAUAAUAAAAUCAUGGACAAUCAAAUUGCGCAACUUUCCUCUGCUCUACAAACUCGCCAGCAGGGAGCCCUACCAUCGCAGCCAGUACAACCUACAGAUCACGUGAAUGCAAUUACCCUGAGAAGUGGUUCAAAAUACGAUGGGCCGUCUAUGCCCAAAGAUGAUGAACCUAUCAUUACAAAUAUUGUUAAUCUUGAUUUUGUUAUACCAAAUAUUGUUGUUACUAGCCCUGCAUUGCAGGGUAUAACUCCAAAGAAGGAUAAAAAUCAAGACAAGAGUGGAGAUGUACAUAAACCAGUUAUCAAACUACCAUUUCCUAAUAGACAUCUUAAGAGUAAGCUAGAUAAGCAGUUUGGUAAGUUUCUGGAGGUUGUCAAGAAUUUGCAGUGUAAGUGUUAUUCCAUUAGCUGUGAGCUCUAA